AUGCAAAGAUUCCUAUUCAAUAGAUUGGUCCAAAAGAACCUACUUUUACAUUCAUUAUGUCCAAAAGAACAUCUUUCUCAAAGUGAGCAGGCCUUGUUUGAGGCAUCUUCAUUACUUAAUUCUGGUGGUGCUAAAGCAGAUUGGAACACCUUGGUCCACAUGGUACGAGCUUCGACAAACAUGAGCUGGGAUUUUUAUUGUCAGCAGCUUCAUAGCUACAUUCUACGAUCUGGGUUUGGCUCCGAUGUCUCUAUCUCCAAUGCCCUGAUUCGCUUUUAUGUAACAGUUGGUGCUUUGAAUGGUGCACACAAAGUGUUUGUUGAUAUGCCUCAUCGUAGUGUUGUCUCUUGGAACUCUAUGAUUUCUGGGUUCGUGCGCUCUGGCCAGUUUAGUAAAGCAUUGGAUACUUUUCUUGAGCUGGAUAGGUCCGAUAUUUUUGCAGACUUGUUUUCCUUGACGGCUGCUUUGGCUGCGUGUGGCCCACAUGGUCUUUUCCGGUUAGGCCAGUCAAUUCACUCUAAGAUAGUGAAAUCAGGAGUCGAAAAUGGCCUUGUUGUUUCCAAUUGCUUGAUUGACAUGUAUGGGAAAUGUGGCCCUAUUCAAGAAGCAAUGGUUGUGUUCAAUAAUUUGAUUGACAAGGACAUAAUCUCUUGGAAUUCUGCCAUUGCAGCAUGUGCUAAAAAUGGAGACUUGAAACAAGCAGUUUGUUUAUUACAGCAGAUGCCUAAACCUGAUACAAUCUCAUAUAAUGAAUUGAUAAACGGGUAUGCUCAGUUUGGAGAGAUGGAAGAAGCUAUUAAGAUUUUGUCAAGAAUGCCAAAUCCAGACUCAUCUUCAUGGAACUCAAUAAUAACAGGAUUUGUAAAUAGAAACCAAGCAAGAGAAGCUUUAGAUGUCUUGUGCAAAAUGCACUUAGAGAAUAUAAGAAUGGAUGAGUUCACAUUUUCAAGUGUUUUAAGUGGAGUUGCAGGACUUUCAGCUUUCACAUGGGAAAUGUUGAUCCACUGCAGCACUGUAAAGAGAGUUUUUGAUACAUCUACUGUUACCCAAGCUUCAAUGGAAGCCCAAUGA